AUGGGUGGAAUAACUGUUGUUUUAGCUGGUGACUUCAGACAAACUUUACCUGUUGUACCACGAGGUAUACGUGCAGAUGAAGUCAAAGCCUGUCUCAAAUCCUCAGUUUUAUGGCCUCAUGUUAACGUACUGUCUUUGAAAAUUAAUAUGCGCGUUCAUAUACAACAUGAUUUGAGAGCAGAAGAAUUUUCAAAGUUACUGAUUGAUAUAGGGAAUGGACAAAUUUCAGAAGUUGACGGACGAAUAAGUAUUCCGGAUAACCUAGGUGAUAUUGUUGAUGAUUUAACUACAUUAACUGAUAAAAUAUACCCAGAUAUCAAUAAAAUUGGAGUUAAUUGCUCUUCAUGGCUAAAAGAAAGAGCUAUUCUGACUCCAACGAAUGAUUCAGCGAAUAGCAUUAACAACUAUCUUAUAGAAAAGCUAUCAACUAAUCAAAUGAAGUAUAAAUCUAUUGAUACAGUCGUAGAAGUUGAUGAUGCUGUCCAUUAUCCUGUCGAGUUCUUACAUACACUCAAUCCACCCGGAAUACCAUCUCAUAUUCUCAAUCUUAAAAUUGGAGCACCAAUAAUGUUACUGCGCAAUUUGAAUCCUCCAAAACUAUGUAAACAUGAAGGAGAAGUCGUAUUUAUUCCAAGAAUUCCUUUGGUUCCAUCUGACUACCAUUUCAACUUCAAACGUCUACAAUUUCCUGUUAGGGUUUGCUAUGCUAUGACUAUCAAUAAAGCGCAGGGGCAGAGUUUAAAAUUAGCUUGUGUAGAUUUGAGACAUGAUUGUUUUUCUCAUGGUCAGUUUUACGUGGCAUGCUCAAGAGUCAGUUCACCGGACAACUUGAUUAUUCUUCAACCAGAAAAAAAGACGAAAAACAUUGUUUACAAGGAAGUUUUAAGUUUGUAA